AUAAAAGCUCAGUUAAAGCCGACCAACAACCAUUCCCGCCAAGAACUCCAUCUGAAUUACUAAAACUAAUAGAAAAGUGUUCGGUUCAAAGUUGUCAUAAAGUUUGAAUGAAGUGAGCUGUUCCUGAAAAGGACGCCACCAAAGAUGCACGAUCCACGGACGAGCUUCGCAAAGCAUCGUGGCUACCUUCUACUGUUUGCUACUUUGGCGGUGGCGUUCUCUACUUACAUUGAACAGGUGGAGAGUUUGCCAGCAGACACAAUAAGUCAAUGGCCUACAUUCGCAAGACGAAAUAUUGCGGCAUUAGCUAGAGAUGGUUAUUUGAGGAAUUCUGCUUCCAAACAAGGCUAUAAAAGAGGCAUAUCUACGCUUGCCAAAAACGGUUUACUGCCUACAUACAGGUCACCUUACGUCGAAACUGAUAAACAAGAUCAAAAUCAAGAUGAAUCACAAGAAAAGAGAAAUAUGGCAUCUAUAGCACGGCUUCGUAGCUAUGCUGCUAUGAAAAGAAAUAUCCAAGCUCUCGCCAGAGACGGUUAUCGCGUCGGCAGGGGGCAGUACAAUCCUUCUAACGACAAACGUAAUAUUGCUGCUUUGGCGCGUAAUGGGCUGCUUCACAAGAAAGAUGAAGCCAACGAAGAAGAAUACUAUUUCCCUUUCUAUCAAAACCCCAUCGCACCGCUCACUGAAAUUGAUCAUCCUUUAGAUGUCAAUGAAAUGUAUGACUUCCAACAAUCAAUCAAUCCCGAUAUGUUUCCUUCUAUGUCUCAAGUCUACAAGCGCAGUCCUUUUGAACCAUACUAUGACUACUAUAACCAAAAGGAUAACGACAAUUCCUAUUUCAAGAGAAGUUUCGCAGGCAGUCCCGUUCAUGGACUUUACAGACCCAAUUACAAUGAGCCAAAUCCCAGGACAAAACGAUAUGUGCUGCCGUAUCCUGAUCUCAUGGAAGGAGACGAAGCGGUCGAGCAAAAUGAUAUUGAAGGAGAAAAGCGUUCUGUAGAUGAUGAUGAUGAUGAUGUCCGUGAAAAUUUUGAAAAGCGUCAUAUCGGCUCUCUUGCUCGAUUAGGUUUAUUGCCUUCAUUUAGGUACUCAGGAGGACGUUACAGUAGAUCUGGACGAGCCAGAUUGUUGUUACCUAGCCAGGAGUUGUACAGGAAGCAUUCCUCUGACGAGAAUUUCGGAAUUAGGGAAUAUCUCUCUAGUCCCGAAGCUGACACACCAGUCGAUACAGACGACUCCGACGUACCGGCGGCGUCAGUACCUGCUCACUCGCACCCGACCGGUCGGAUCCUCCACCGACCGCUAAACAACGACCUCCCACACUCCAGCCCUCUGCCGCUUCCACCGAUUGCACCAACCAAUUACGGAGAUCGAUUCGCCAAAAACCGCUGGCAAUCUUACACCAAAGAAACACCUAAGUUCUACUAUUUCAGAUCGUUAAAAGUUCCAUAUCACACGUCUGGGAAGCGUUAUCUGUUGCUUCCAGCUGUUGACAAUAUCUUGCUCCGAAAAGGCUACCGCAACAGCAGUCUACCAAGUCGACGUAAGAACCAGUAGCUAUGCCAGUGUCCGCUAGGUGGAGCCACGCUGUAUAGCUCAGGCUACCCUAGCGUAUGAACUUUGAGGUGCAUCGAAUGUGCCGGUUUCCUUCUCCAUGUUUUCAUUCAAUUUCAAUACUACAUUGAUGAUGAUUUUCAAAUAAAAAAAUAAAUAAAUUGUAUAAUACGAUUAACUCUGAAAUAUGUGCAUUCUACAAUAUCAAUUGGUUAUUGGGAUCGGGUGAAACAUGAAUUUGGUUAAUUUUCAUGUCGUUGUCAAGACGUAGGGAACUCGGAUUUACGAUAUAAAUUAGACAAUAAUUUUGAACACUAUAAAACAUUUGUUCGUAUCUCGUAUAUGUUAAAUGUUGUGAUUAUUAGUUUAAUGAAAUAGGUAAUAAGUUAUUUUUAAGGGAUCUCAUUUAUACAAAACGACUUUGGCCAGCUUAAUACAGAACGUAACUUGAUCGUAGAUUAAUUUAAGAUGUCAAUCGCAAAUAUAUUAAAGUUGUAGAAUAAUGAAUUGUGUUAACAAUUAAUAUCAAUAUACUGAAAAUAAACAUAAUCUCGUAAGUAAGAAAAAUAAAUGUGGAAGAGGAAGUAGGUAAGUAUCAAAUAUAUAUUUUGGAUGAUGAUGAAUAAUUAUUUGUGAUGGCAUACGUCGGGAAUAAAAUUAAGUGGAUUUAAGAAAUUAUAUCACCUUUGGUAAUAUUUACUUUAAAUAAUAUCAAAGUAUCUCUCUAUUGAUUACAAAAUACUAGCUGUGUUUGACAAAUAAAAUAAAAAUAUUUUCAAGAAUUGUUAGAAAGUUAUUUAUUAUCAAGCUUAAGCUUUAAAACGAAGGAUCAAUGUUUCGAAUAUUUAAGUGUAAACUGAUAACAUAUUUACUGAAAUAUGUCAGAAGUUAAAAAAAAGAAUAUCGACAAUAAACGAAUAUCGUGCGACCAUAAUAUGAUAAUAAUUUUUAAAAUAUAUCUGUAGCUAGUAGAAUUUAUUCUUCACUUUUUAUGAUAUAUCUGAUAUCAAUCAAAAUAUUUUUAAAACAAAUAUUGUAACUGAUGAUACUCAUUGAAUUUAGUAUUGUGUUACUGUAAAUAAACAAAACCGUGCCA